UUCUGAUGAUUGGUUGGACAUGGUUUGACUGAUGUAGAGGUGAAGAAAGAGAUGCAUAUAAAAAGGGCAAAAGAAUAGCUUACUUUAGUUUGGGAGCCUUUUUUCUCAUCAGACUGUCGAGGUCUCGAGCCAGAAUGAUGAAACUGCAUGUUUUCCUUCUGCUGCUCCUCCUGGAGACGUGCUCAGUUUCCACUUACGAAAAUGUGGCCUUGCGUGGAAAAGCAACCCAGUCAGACCGUUAUGAGCACGCGUUUGGAGCUGCCGAAGCUGCUAUUGAUGGAAACCGUGAAUCUGGUUUUCAUUCUGGAUCAUGCACCCACACUGAUGAAGAGACCAACCCCUGGUGGAGAGUGGACCUGCUGGAGUCCUACAUCGUCACUUCAGUCAUUAUCACCAACAGAGGAGAUUGCUGUGAAUUAAGGAUAAACGGGGCAGAGAUCCGCAUCGGCAACUCUUUAGAAAACAAUGGUGCCUCAAACCCAGUGGCUGGUAAAAUUUCUACUAUUGGUAGAGGCAAAUCAUUCACUAUGACUUUUACUGAUCAUGUGGAGGGACGUUAUGUGACUGUGGUUGUACCGGGUUCAGCAAAGAUCCUUACACUCUGUGAAGUGGAAGUCUACGGGUACCGUGCCCCAACUGGAGAGAACCUGGCACUUCAAGGAAAAGCCACACAGUCGUCACUGUACAUGUUUGGCGUUGCAUACAAUGCCAUAGAUGGGAAUAACGGCAGCAGGUGGGAGGACGGCUCCUGCACUCACACAAACAACAACAUCGACCCCUGGUGGAGACUGGAUCUGCCCAAAACCCACAAAGUGUUUUCUGUUAAAAUAACCAACCGAGAUGAAGACCCAGAACGACUCAAUGGAGCUGAGAUUCGCAUUGGAGAUUCCCUCGCAAACUUUGGCAACAGCAAUCCCAGGUGUGCUGUGAUCCCAAGUAUUCCAGCAGGUGGUGUUGGUGAGUUCAAGUGUAAUGGGAUGGACGGACGCUAUGUCAACAUAGUCAUCCCAGGAAAAGAAGAGUUCCUGAGUCUGUGUGAGGUGGAGGUGUAUGGCUCUCGCCUAGAUUAGCUCUGAAGAAGUUCACAAUGCAUGACAAAAACAAAUCACUUCAUUGUAAACUCAUUCAUUAGCUCCUAGUGUGACAGCGAUUCCAUUUGUAGGAUUAACAUCACUUCUUAGUGCAUAAAUAUUAUUAAGUUUGGCCAUGUUUCAAUUUCUAAUUCUGUUGUUUGAGUUGUCUUUUUUAAUUCUAGCUUUUUGGAGUACUGUCACAACCUGCUGAAGGAUAAAAACUGUAUGAAUGUCAUCAAUACUGAAAUACAAUUAAAUCAUUAAAACAGCC